GACAUUCUCAGUACCGAGUGUGCAGCGCCCCACCACGGCCAUAUAACAUAGUCAACUGGUCUCAUAUUUAAACUCGAUACAUUUACAAUCGGUCGUUGAUAGAGCCGAAUUUUCCAAAAAUCUUUAGGGUCUUUGAGGCUUCAUGUACGGCGUGUGGCUUGCGUGCGAAUUUUUGUUGUUGCCAGAUUUGAAUUAUUAUUUGAUAGGUCAAUGUGUGAAUUGUGAACGUGAGUUUGGCUUGAAGUUACUGUGCGGUGAUUGUACCUAAAUCCUAUUUGAAAAUGACCGGCAAAAUUUCAUCAGUCUUCGCUUCUUGCUUCGCCGUAACCAUAUUCUACAUUAUUUACGUUGAAGCUAAUCCAGCUAUUGCUACCGGCUAUGACGCUCUGGAGAUUUGCAUCGAAAACUGUGCUCAAUGCAAGAAGAUGCUUGGUGCAUGGUUCGAAGGACCACGAUGCGCAGAAUCUUGCAUCAAGUUCAAAGGGAAAAUGAUACCUGAAUGUGAAAAUUUUGCGUCCAUUGCGCAGUUUUUGAACAAACUUUAACCGCUAUUUUUGAAACGCCGCUUGACAGUUUUCAAGUCAUUUUGAAAACUCGGUCAUAAUGCCAAAGCAUUUAUUGUUAAGCUAUAUUUUAUUAUAAAUUAUUUGAAUACAGGGUCAAUCGUAGUUUUAAGUAUUAAUGUAUUUUUUUACGACAAAUAUAAAAAUUAAAGUC